AUGCCUGUUUCCGAAGCCUUUACCAAAUUGUGCGUGACUGAAAUGCCUGCUGCUGAAUCUGCCGUUGCAGUAAAGUCUUUAGUCUUCAAGCCGAAGACUCCAAAGUCUGCGACCGCCGUUCCUAUCGUUGUGGUGGCUUUGCAAUCUACUACGACCCCUUCUGCGCUGGUUGCUAAUGCUACUUCUACCAAAGAUCCAAGAUUGGCUCGCGAUGACCUCGUCAAGCAGGCGUUCCAGUCUGAGUCUGCCAGAAAUUUCAUCCUAGGGGACUUGGCCAACGCCACAUCUGAUUUUCACUUGUUAAUUGACCACGAGUUAGGUACCAUAGACGGUGAUACCAUCUUGCAGCUAAAUGCCACUACUUUUAUGAAAAAGUCUGAUAUGAUAAAGUUUCUAGGAGAGUUCGAAAAGUUCCAAAAGGUGGUUGACUUCACUGAGGAAGUGUCCAAGGAUGCCGCCACUGAAGGCAAGAAACAACAGAAAAAGCAACAACCUUCCAAGGCAGCUGCGGCCGCAGCCGCAGCCGCAGCCGCAGCCCUGGAAGACGCCAAACUGAUCGGUAUCACCGUGGACAAGGCCCUGGACUUCCCAGGCUGGUACCAACAAAUCUUGACCAAGGGUGAAAUGCUGGACUACUACGAUGUUUCCGGCUGCUACAUCCUGAGACCCCCCUCUUAUUCUAUCUGGGAAAGCAUUCAGAAGUGGUUCGACGAUAAGAUCAAGGCCAUUGGUGUACAGAACGCUUACUUCCCAAUGUUUGUCUCGUCCCGUGUGUUGGAAAAGGAAAAGGACCAUGUGGAAGGGUUUGCUCCAGAAGUUGCUUGGGUUACCAGAGCAGGUUCCUCCGAGUUGGAAGAACCAAUCGCUAUCAGACCAACUUCCGAAACCGUCAUGUACCCUUACUAUGCGAAAUGGAUUCAGUCUUACAGAGACUUACCCUUAAAGUUGAAUCAAUGGAAUUCCGUCGUUAGAUGGGAGUUCAAGCAUCCUCAACCCUUUUUGAGAACCAGAGAAUUCCUGUGGCAAGAAGGUCAUACCGCUCAUUUGACUGCCAAGGAUGCCGAAGAAGAAGUUUUGCAAAUCUUGGACUUCUACGCCGGCGUUUACGAAGAAUUAUUAGCUGUCCCAGUGAUUAAGGGUAGAAAGACCGAAAAGGAAAAAUUCGCCGGCGGUGACUUCACCACCACUUGUGAAGGUUAUAUUCCACAAACUGGCCGUGGUAUUCAAGGCGCUACCUCUCACCACUUGGGUCAAAACUUCUCCAAAAUGUUCAAUUUGUCUGUGGAAAAUCCAUUAGGCUCCGAUCACCCUAAGAUCUUUGCUUACCAAAAUUCUUGGGGUUUAUCCACCCGUGCCAUUGGUGUCAUGGUCAUGAUCCAUUCCGACAAUAAAGGUCUGGUUGUCCCUCCAAGAGUGUCGCAAUUCCAAUCUGCUGUUAUUCCAGUGGGUAUCACAAAGAAGACUUCCGACGAACAACGCAAACACAUUCAUGAAACCGCUAGGAGCGUGGAAUCUCGUUUGAAAAAGGUCGGCAUCAGGGCCUUUGGUGACUAUAACGACAACUACACCCCAGGUUGGAAAUUCUCUCAGUACGAACUAAAGGGUAUUCCAAUUCGUAUCGAACUGGGUCCUAAGGAUAUCGAAAAAAACCAAGUUGUUGUUGUCCGUAGAAAUGACUCCAAGAAAUACAUUGUUUCCUUUGAUGAAUUGGAACUCCGUGUUCCAGAAAUCUUGGAAGAAAUGCAAGGCGACCUGUUUAAAAAAGCUAAGGAACUAUUCGAUACACAUAGGGUUAUUGUUAACGAAUGGAAGGGUUUUGUUCCAGCUCUAAAUAAGAAAAACGUUAUCUUGGCGCCAUGGUGCGGAAUUAUGGAAUGUGAAGAAGACAUCAAAGAAUCUUCUGCCAAGAGAGACGACGGUGAAGAAUUUGAAGAAGAUGACAAGGCUCCAAGCAUGGGUGCCAAAUCUUUGUGUAUCCCAUUCGACCAACCUGUAUUGAAUGAAGGUCAAAAAUGUAUCAGAUGUGAACGUACCGCUAUUAACUACUGUAUGUUUGGUCGUUCUUAUUAG